AUUAUGGUGGAUCAUGCUCACUUCAGAAUAGGCUAUCUGCAGCUGUGCUUCAGAAAAAUGAAGGAUAUGGCUACUUAUCCAAGAUCAAUGAAGCAGCAAACCUCUCUCCAGGAGAAUUUACAAUGGCAAUUUCCUCUGUAAGAGAUAAAAAAAUGGAAAAAAGAAAAGAAAAAAAGAAUUCAAAGGAAUAUAAAGUUGGCCGUAUACAAAAGAAAAGAAACCGCAAUAAGAACAAGCGUAAACAUCUGGUAAGAGAAGGAAAAACCUAUGGAUCUCAAAUGAAAUUUGAUCUUCAACAGGACCCUGAGCAAACCACAGAAAUUCCACUUCCUUUUAAUCUAGAUGGCACUGAAUGCAAAGUGUUUUUUGAUUUAGAAACAACAGGCUUGGGUAGGAAUAGCGACAUCAUUCAGAUAGCAGCUAAGUCAAAUUCAAAUAGUUUUAACAGAUAUGUCAUCCCAAGAGUGGACAUUCAGAUCGAGGCCAGUAAGAUCACUGGUAUAACAUACAGCCAUGGAACAAAUAAAAUGUAUGUUCGAGGAGAUAUAGUUGAACCUGUGACACUACAUAAAGCCCUACUUGAUUUUAUACAUUUUUUAAAGGAACAGAACCAGCCAAUUAUACUAGGUCAUAACAUUUGUAACUUUGACAUUCCUGUAAUUGUUAACAAAUUGAAAGAAUGUAAUUUGUUUUCGACAUUUUGUGAAACCGUGAAAGGUUUUAUUGACACAAUGAAAGUGGCUAGAAAAUAUAUUCCAAAAAAUGAUGUAGAAAAUUUUAAGCAGCAGACUCUUGUCAAACAGUUUGUAGGAGAAAAUUACUCUGCCCACAAUGCAAUAGAGGAUGUGGAUUCAUUAAAAACAUUAUACUACAGUAAAUUUACCUCACUAGUGAAAUCUGAUGAUGUAUUUUCUAUUUUAUACCACAAUUGCAUGGACUCCUACUCUGACUUACUAAGUAAUAAAAUUGUUUCAAGGCCAGUUUGCAUGCAACUAGCAAAAGAUGGUAUAUCGUUGAAACACCUCAAACUGGCAUCUGUACGAGAUGUAAAUGGACUGAAAUUUGUCUUACAGGACCAUAAGAUACCACCAAAGAGUGUGAAAUGCAUUCAGGACUACUUUCAGACUGAGGAAUGAAUUUUGUAUGGCCAAAAAAUAAAUAUAUGUCUGUGUUUUCCUAUAACCUGACUGUGUCUACCCUGA